UUCAGUUUUAUAGAAUUAAAUUGGAGUGGGGGGGGGGGAGGUCACAAUACAUCUGGACCACGCUGUACUAUUACAGGGUGAACAAUUGCACAUUAACGGAAUUUCCCCAACAAGACGGAGACUCAGUUCACGGACCGAGCUGGUAGUGUUCAUGCGAUGCAUAGAUGAGCAUCAACAAGUCUGUUCAUGCUACACGGGGGGAUCUUUGUGCGCGCGCACCAAUGAAUCAAUAACCGCUAAUUAGUGAUGUGAUUAGCUUCACAACAGGUGAGCGUGGCUCAUUGCAUUAUAUUAAAAUAAUCACUCACCUGUGCCCCCCCCCCCCCUCUCCACCCACCAACACACAACGCCGAGUCCAAUACAGGCUAAACAAGAACCACCGUGUACGAAUCGUAUAAGCGGCACGGCAAAACAGUCUUCGGCUGCAACACGCGUGAACGGGGGCUACUCGCUACCUCCUUGCUCUCUGUUCGUGGGGGGGAUGGAAGUGAAACGCGAGGUGACCGCGGGAAAGAUGUUGCCGCGCGUAUGCAGUUUUCUCGUGGUGGCGCUAAUCGUCAGCAGUGCACGUGGCCAACUGGACCCACCGCCUCUAGCAGAGUCCCUGGUGCGCUGUGGGGUCGACACAAUCGGCUUCGUGAUGCCCAGGGAAGCGCUGGGCUGGGGCCUUGUGUUGCUGAGCGCAAGAGAUGCCGCGGGGAUUCUGGUGAACGUGAACUCCGCUCCCAGCGGCUGCAAGUUCCGGCUGGAGAGGCCGGGCGACGGCAGCCUCGAGUUUUCGGCCCCCAAUGACGGCUGUUACGCGACCGCAUUGGGUUCGAGCAGGCGCAUGGUGUUUGUGAUGGAGACCACGGCGUACCGAGUGACGUCUCGCACAACCUUCUCAGUCUCCUGUACCCUGGGGCCUCGUUCGCUCGUAGUCGGUGACUCGGACUGCCCCGUGUCCCUGUCCUCUCGGCCGCUUUGCGACUCUCCGUCUGCCGGCCAGGACGCGUGUCUUGCCCAGGGGCUGCUGCUAUGAAGAUGGCGGUGGCGGUGGUGAACAGUCGACGUGCAUCUAUGGGAAUUCUGUGUGCACGCGGGACGGCCACUUCGUCCUCGUGGUGCCCAGUGGCCCGGCCAGCGGCCUCAACCUGAGCUCGGUCAGGGUGCAGGGCUCCGAGUCGCGCUCCUGCGGCCUCGUCCACCUGGACGACGACUUUGCGGUGUUCCGCUUCGGCGUCGCGGAGUGCGGGGCCGUGUGGAAGGUGGAGGCCGGCGGUGGCGGCGUGGAGUACGAGGCGACGGUGGCGGCCGAGCGGGACGUGUGCGCGCAGGACGACGUCACGGUCACCAGGUCCGGCACGUACAGCUUCACCCUGCGGUGCCGCUACGUGGGGGUGGUGGAGGGGACGAUGCAGUUGGCCGUGCCCACGCCGACUCCACCGCUACCCGCCCAGGAGAGGGGGGACCUCGGCGUGGAGAUGCGCCUCGCCACAGACGAGUCGUACUCCGCCUACUAUUCGGUCUUCCCCGUCAUCAAGGUACUCCGCGACCCCAUCUUCCUGGAGGUUCGACUCCUCGACCACGCCGACCCGCGCCUCGUCCUCCUCCUCCCCACGUGCUGGGCCACUCCGGGCCCCGACCGUGCCGGCCCCAUCCUAUGGCCAAUACUGCAGGACGGCUGCCCUUUCGACGGAGACAACUACAAGACGGUGGUUCUUGGCGUCGAGGAGACUCCGGAGGUUCCCCUGCCUGGACUCUACAAGCGGUUCGAGGUGAAGACGUUUGUGUUUGUUGUCGGCGCAAGCCCGAACGCCAUCUACGACCGGGUGUUCUUCCACUGCAGCGCUGUCGUUUGUCGGGACGGAGACGCCAACUGCAUCCCUCCUACCUGCGUGGCGCGCCGCCAGAGGAGAGUGUCGGACCCGAGGCCCCGUGACUGGGACGCAGAUUUACCCAGGGGCUUGGCGUCUGUGGGCCCCUUGCGUCUACUGGAGGUGCCGCGCGAGCUGCCGAUGCAGUCGAGGGAGGCUCGCGCGGCGUCGCUGUGGAGCGACUCGCUCCCUCCCCUCGUGCCGACGGUCCUCUCGGCGCUGGCGCUCGGCACGGCGCUGUUCUGCGGCAUCGCCUUCUCGGUCUCCGCGUGUCGCCACCGACUCCGCCGCCCGGAGUCGCGGGGACGGAGAUCGGAUGGCUCGGCAGUUGAUCAUUUCACUCUGUAGGGAGGUUUUUGAAACCAGGCCACCGGCGUGUGGACCUCCAUCCCCACCACCACCACCACACACACACACGCGCGCACAACUCGAUUUCAAUAAAACGCGCGCUGCCCUCUC